AACAAGUAUUAUAAAACAAAUUAUUGAAAUUUUAAAAAUUAUCACAUAAAAAUGUUAAGAAAUUUAAUAAAACAAACUACAAUUAAAAGAUUUAAUAAAUAUUAUCCAUUAAACAAUCGAAAUUUACAUACAACUACUCAAAAAUUUGUAAAGGAAGAGCCGCAGUCGGUGGAAGACAAACAUGUGAAUAGAAUUAGUGAAUUAUUAUUGAAAUAUAAUACAGAACAGCAGCAAAAGAUAUUAAAAAGUAUAAAUAAUUAUAAUUUAAAUGAAUUACUAAAAUAUGACAUUUCUAAGGCUAGAGCCAAUAAGCUUUUAGCUUAUCGUAUGCGUAAUGGUUUGUUAAAGGAUUUAAAUGAUAUAUUCUCUAUAGAAGGUUUUGGUCUUAAAGUUGCUGAUAAAUUUUAUCAAAGUUUGCUACAAGAACCUAAAACCAAUGAAGUGGAUUUAGGUCAAACGCCUAAGGCUAGAACAGCCCCUUUUAUAACACCUUCUUUGGAAGGCGAACAAAGGGAGUCUAUAAAAUCUUGUGUUUCAGUAAGAAUUGGUGUAAAUAGUAUAACCUGGGCGCGACUAGAUGUUCCCGGUGUCGAUGUAAAUGCUCCUUGUUUGUUAACCCAUUGGGCUCAUCAUGAAAUUUCCGAGAAAAAGUUACAUUUAAAUGAAUUAAUACAACGUUGUUUGUAUGUAAAUCAUUUGAUACCGGCCGCCGACUGUUAUCUCUUUGAAAAUCCUCAAAUGGCUCAAGCUAGCAACAAUCCUGGCAGUGUGGAACAGCAAAAUAUUAAUAUACAAAAAGCUCAAGUUACCUCGAUAAUGGGUUAUGCUUUGGCUUCGAGAAAUAAUGAAUUAAAAGAUUAUGGUGAUAUUGAUUUGGACAAAAAAAGCAAAUAUUUACCGAAUGUUUUCUAUGUUCGUAGAUUUUUGACUGCUCGUCUGUUCAAUCAUUUAGUAGGCACGGAAAGAGUUUCCUCCGAAGAAACCAUAAUAAAUAUGAUGCGUACAUUUUAUAAUACCAAUGAAAUGAAAGAUAUUGUAACGGAAGAAGAAGAUUCAAAGUCAGAAUUGGUAGAACAACCAAAAGAAUUGGAAUUGAAUUUUGCGGGUCGUGUACAAUUCCCCAAUGAAUUGAGAGAAAUGUUUUCCAAAUCACCAAGAUAUUUUAGAGAAUUUCUGGGACAAACUUUAUUAUUGAAUUUGACUUUUGUACGUUUAGUUUUGUUGCAGGAUCCGGAAAGUAUAGCCACAGUGUCGAGGGGUGGUAAUAAAACAAAGACGACUUGAGUUAUAAGGUUUUAUAUUAAAAUUAAUUGUUUGUUAGAUUUGGUAUGUUGUAAUAAAGUCUGUUAAAAAAAUAUGAAAUUUUUAA